AUGUUUAAUGGAUCAGUUGUGAGUGAAUUUGUUGUGAAUCCAAUGGUGUUGGACGAAAGUAGAAUAAUUGGUGUGAGUUUAGCCGUACCUAAUAUUAUAGUGGAAAGAUCAACCAUUCCGAUGAGAUACAUUGUUGAUGUGAUGAUAUUUAAUAAUGACAAUGCCUAUGACAUGUAUUACAAAACAAAUAAUACGAAUGAUGAUUUAACUGGAUUUUCUACGAGUGAAAUAUUUAAGAAUGCCAAAUUAGAUCAAUUGGAUGGUGGGUUGAGUAAUAUAGAAAUUACAUCAAAUCAAGAGUUGACUUGUGUGGGAAAGGAUAAAUGUAUUGUAAAAGUUAUUGAAUUUAGUAGAUUGAAAAAUACGACAGAUGUUGAACAUGAUGUUUUCUUACCAUCGAAAAAGAAUGAGAGAGGAAUUAUGUUUUUGAAUUUUGCAACUUGGACUUCAAGUGGUGAGAAUGUACUUUCGAAUAUUGUUUUUUCGAAUAUGGGAUAUGGUUGGUUUGAAUUUCAAAGUAUUUACUAUUAUCCUGUAACUGUAACACUACAGGGAUUGAGAAUUACACAUGGAAUCUUGAUGAUUAUUGGAUUUUCAUUAAUUUUAGUGGCAUCCAUGUUGGCUGUGAGACAUUCGGCUCGUUUCUCUGCAAAAAUCAAAGGAGUUGCCACUCACAUUGUUCUCUCAAUUGUUGGAGUUGUUUGCAUUGUCAUUGCAUUUAUUUUAUCACUGGUUGCUUGUUCACUGACAACGAAUAGACAUUUUGAUAGUAUUCACAAGUGGAUUGGAUUAUUUGUAUUUUUAGCAUUGAUAUUAUAUCAAUUAAUGUUGACAGGACCAUUGACAGCAGUAUUUCAUUUAUUCUUUAAAAAGAAAGAUAGUCAACAGGUGUCAGGAAAUGGAAAAUCAACAGAACAAGAAUCAUUCCUCAGAAAAUCAAGUAAUUUUAAAAAGAUUUCAAAACAAAUUUCAACAUUUUUCCAUAUUUGGGGAGGAAGAAUUAUUGUUUUGGCUGGAAUUUUGAAUUUAUACUUUGGAGUGCACGGAAUUUAUGCAACUUCUGAGUGGUUUAUUGGAUUGAGUGUUUAUCUUUUGGUAAUUCUAUGUUUGGUAAUAUUUGCAGAGCUAUUUAGUGGAAAAACAUUUAGAAGAAUUUUGAAGGGCAAAUUCAAAAAGAUUCUUCGUUCCAAAUAA